AUGUUAGCAAAAGAAGAAGAAGACGCUACCGAUGAAAAAAAGGAGAUACAAAACGACAAAAAAGUCACAAUUGCGUAUGUGAUAUCAAUCACAUCAUGUCAAGCCAAUGCAACACAUGUUCUCGAUGGAGCAGCUAUUCUCGCGCAUUCGAUUCAUUUGGUUUCUCAAAACAGUACUUAUGAUUAUGCAAGAUACGCCUUUGUCUAUGAGCAAGAAGCCGCAGAAUGUGUUUCUGCGUUGGAGAGAGUGGGAUGGAAAACUAUCGUCGAGAACAAACUACCCCUUGAAAAGGAUCAAAUUGUCGAUGCCGACUUUCGAAAACAUGUGGACAAACACGGCUGUUGUGGUGUAAAAGAGUUCAUGAAGCUCAAGGUUUACACCCUGGAGGACCAUCCAAUAGCGGUUCACUUGGACACCGAUGCUUUGCUUCUGAAACCGAUGGAUAGGCUCUACAAUACCAUGUUGCUGGCACCUGACACGGAUACGAACAAAACUUUGGCUGACGAUCAUUUGAUGUUUCACAAGCGACCUACAAAUGCAUCGGACUUUUUCUUUACUCGCGAUUAUCGCCAAGGAAGUAAAUGGACCGAUGAUCCGUCUCAGUAUGGAGUUCAAGGAGGAUUUCUUGCAGUGAAACCAAACCGGACAAUGUAUGAAGAACUGAUUACUCGAUUAACGAAUGAAACUUACGGGCUGUAUAGAGGCUGGUCAGGGAUGGGACACUCUGGAUUCUGGGGGGCGUCGCAAAUACAAGGCUUCUUAUCGUAUGUGUAUGAGCACCACUAUCCUGGUCAAGCAGUUGAGUUGAACAGAUGUAUUUAUAAUGCAAUGAUCAACGAUAGCCCAUAUCACAAGAAAACUGGAGCAUGCCUGACGAAGGAGAAAGAAUGCCAAGACUGUAGAAC